GCCUCUCCCCGCCCCGGCGAGCCUCUUCCUCCUCCGCCCUGUCCAACAAAUUCUCUCAUUGCCAACACGCAGCUUUAUACCAGCUCUACACCUCGCUGUUCCUAGACUGCUUGGAUAAGCUACAGACACAGUAGGCCGAUGCAGAAGGUUGAGUUCAUUAUCUGCGAGGCGGAGACCGAGUCGCAGGAUUCUCUCGCCAACGGAGGCAACCGCAGGCAAAAGGUCCGCACCUCUUGCGAGUCGUGCCGAGUAAAGAAGACAAAAUGCGACGGAUUGCGACCAACCUGUGGCUACUGCAGCCAGCGACAACUGGAAUGCAAGUACGGCGAGGUUCCGAUGAUGGCUAUUCGAACACGGUCGAUUUCAGCAUUCAGGACGUCGAAUUCGCCGGCAAAAUCAAAACAGAGCUCAGCUGCUGGAAAGGUGAAUAAGCGAAAGGCGUCGGAGAUAUCAGUUGACGAGUCGCCAGCAGCAGCAACGACGAUAGCAAAAGCGGAAGCGGUAAAUGCAACAACAGCAACAACAGCACCACCACCACCUCCUCUCGCUCAGACAGCUAGACCUCGACACUCAACUCACACAGAGCCAGUAUUCUCCCCCUCCUCGCCAUCUCUCUCAGUCUCAGUCCAAAGCAGCGGCGUCUCCGACACCGAAAUCACCUCCGCCUCCGGCGGUUCCCCAAAACACGACCACCGCACGAUUCUCGACUACGCCGUCAACCAGCGACAGAACCUAGUCGCCUCCGACCCCGUGAUCACCACGGCGCUUGGCCGAGGCACACCGAGUCUCUCGACCUUACCCGCGCGACACACUUUGCUGCCGGGAAGUCUGCUGCAGUGGCCAAAGGUGUCGAUGUUGACCGUCGAGCGCUACGAUUUCUCGCACAGCGUGCUCUCGUACGAGACAAAAGUUCAGUCGGACGCGUUGCCUGACGAUCCGGUGGGAGCGCUGAAGACGCUGGAUUUGAUCGUUCAGGACGAGGAGUUGGCGAGCGCGAUAUUAGACUCGUUUAUGUUGGAUUUUUUCGCGUUUUAUCCGAUUCUCGAUCUAGAUCAGACGCGGAAGUUGAUUAGCAAGUGGCAAGCUGUGAAACGAUGUACUUGCACAUUGGUUGAGAAAUCGCUGCUAGCAAUUAUCUUUGCACUCGCAUGCCAGUCAAAGAAUUUAGUUGCCAAGCACCCGCAGCUUCGAGGAACAUCCAAAGAACUCUACGAACUCUGCAACUUUUUGCUUCCCUCGGCUCUACGGUUUGCCACCAUCGGUGCCGUACAGUUUCUGAUCCUGAUGUCGGCCUACGAAAGCAUGCUUUUCCGGCCAAUGGGCUGCUACCGCUUCUACUCGCUCGCGUGGUCGAACCUGCAGAUCCUGCUCGGCCGCGACGAGCAGUACCAGAUCGGUCUCGAAUGGGACCUGAGUCUGCGCGCGUACUGGACGCUCUUUAUUCUCGACUCGCAGUUCCGGGCCGAGUUUGAGCUCGCGCCGUUGGGGAUCGGCACGCUUGAGUCGGAGAUCGAGUUGCCGAGCGGGAUUUCGGAGGAUGGGUCGUCGCUGGAGAAGUAUGGCGGGAUCAAUAUCUGGUAUUAUUUGUAUGCGAGGAUAUCGAGUCGGCGGCUGCUGAACCGCGUGCAUUCGACGCUGUAUUCGCAGGAUCCGGCGGUGGCGCUGAUGAAGCCGGGACUGCUGAUUACCACGACCGAAGAGCUGUAUUACCAGCUCGAGACGUGGCGUGAGAACCUACCGGAGCAACUACAAUUCUCGCUCGACGACGAGGCGGAGGAUCUCUUCACGCUUGCUAGAGUUAUACGGCAGCAGGGAUCUGAUAAUCUGCAGGACGCGAUCUUGGCGGAAUACCGCGGGUUCUUGAAGAUUCAGUACGAUAUCACGCGGACGAUCUUGCAUCGGUUCUAUUUGUACUAUGUGCUGCACAUCUCGGAGCUCUCGCCGCAACAAGACGCACUGGUCGAGAAAUGGUUUUACGAUAAAGCGCGGCUGUGCGUCGUCGGCGAGAUCAACUACAACAUCCCACUAAUGUUCCUCGAAACCGGCAACAUCCUUGCGCUGCCGUCGCAUUUCGCGCACAGCGUCGCGCUGAUGAUGGCAUACAUGGCCGCCGACGCGCUCGGGUUGGACAGGGCGGAUGUCGAGCGCGCGGUGGCGUUGUCGACCAGUCGGAUUCGAGAGUAUGUGGCGCCGCAUAUGGGGAUUGCGUAUGCGAUUUUGGAAAGGCUGGAUUCGAUGUGGGAUAAGCUGCGGUGUAGCUGUAUCUAGUUUUGAGUCGUCUGUUUUUUUUCUUUUUGGUAAUUGGCGUAACUAGUAGGAAUCGGAUAAUUUGGCGUUGAAUGCUUGUUUAAAUGAAAUAAUAUUCUAUUUUUGAUAAUGACGGUAUACCAACU